UGUUGCUCUUAUUUAACGUGAUGUGCUAUAGUGACUUCAGACUGUGGUGCUGGGCACAAGAGGCUCUGCUGGAAGAGGCUGUGGGUGGUUUUAUAUGAUGUCAUGGUCAAUGUAUUGUAUGUGCAGAAGAAGAGAAACUUUCUGCAAAAGUGGGAAAUGUGGAAGUGUGCAAACAGAACUGUUUUCCUAAAUAAUUUUGGAUAUACACUGCCCUUCUUUAAAGCAGUUAUAGUAAUGUGCAAGUGAAACUUUAAUUUCUUGCAUGCUGUGAGAAUAUUUAUGUAGACAAACUUUUAUUCAAGGCCAGUCUCUUCAUUUUUAAGUGCUUUCUUUUCCUAAGAUGAGCRUUUUGUUUUGUGGGCAACUGUUUUAAUGUGUCAAGUUUUAACCUAUUGCAAUUAAGUGGAAACAAAGCAAAGAAUGAUUACGACUUUUCUUAAUAAAAAAUGUAUGCUUUUUUAUUCAAAACUCUUCUUUUAGAAUUAUAUAGUCAUAAUAUUAAUUUUAAAAAUUUCCAUGGGAAGAAAGGCAGUAAAUAGAUUGUAGCUGACAGAUGGACGUGUUUAUGUUGUAUUAAAAAAAAAAAAGUGCAGUUACCGGUCACCUUCCUAGAAUUUCUUUGCAGAAGUUACUGCCAGGGUUUGAGUGAAAACUCUUCUUGUUCAGCUUAGAUGUUUUGUAAGUGAAGACACUGUCUCAUAUCUAAAUACUCAGCAUCUAAAGCCUUGCCUGAGUUAGGACUUUGAGUUUGCUAACGCAAAUGGGAUUAUUUUGAAAAGUUUGAAAUACAGAUAACAUUGAAGAGUGUUUAGAUAUUGCUUUAAAGCCUACAACAGAACUUCACUCAUUUAGCUAAAGCAUGUAUUGCUUUUUCUAUGCUGAAAUUCUGAAUGCGUUAAUUACCUUGUGUUAGCUAAUACCAUCUUGCCUUUUGUCUAGACAAGAUUUGAAAUCGUCCCGUACACUACUGUGCUCCUUCAGAGACUCAUGCUUGCUGCUGAUGAGAACUAAAAACUUAAUCUUAUUAAAGCAUAUGUUUUGUAGAAAUUGGAAAUAUCUUGGUCACUACUAGGGAAUGGAAUCAGAAUUGCUGAAAGCACAAAUAGAGAAUCGUAAAAUAAUCUCUUCGUUGGCACCAGCUAAAGGUUUGAGAAAAUUGCAGACAGAUUUCUUUGAAGUGGAGAUUGCCUUGUGUUAUGAACUACUGCUGCAUAUCUGAAAAUUGCUAUAUGUCCCCAAAACCCGGAGGGCUUUCUUUUCUAUCAUAUUUGGAAAAAAUGACAUGGAGUGUAUCUACUGGGAAAAAUGGGUCGAUCUAACUCUAGAUCGCAUUCUUCAAGAUCAAAGUCCAGAUCUCAGUCCAGCUCUAGGUCAAGAUCCAGAUCACAUUCUAGAAAAAAGAGAUACAGUUCUAGGUCUCGGUCGAGGACAUAUUCACGAUCUCGCAGCAGAGAUCGUGUUUAUUCUAGAGAUUAUCGCAGAGAUUACAGAAAUAAUAGAGGAAUGAGACGCCCCUAUGGUUACAGAGGAAGAGGUAGAGGGUAUUAUCAAGGAGGAGGUGGUAGAUAUCAUCGUGGAGGUUAUAGGCCUGUCUGGAACCGAAGACACUCCCGAAGCCCCAGGCGAGGCCGGUCACGUUCCAGAAGUCCAAAGCGAAGGUCUGUGUCUUCCCAGAGGUCCCGGAGCAGAUCUCGUCGWUCUUACAGAUCUUCCAGGUCCCCAAGGUCCUCCUCAUCUCGUUCUUCAUCCCCAUACAGCAAAUCUCCUGUCUCUUCCAAAAGACGUGGGUCUCAGGAAAAGCAGGCAAAGAAAACUGAAGGGGCUCCUUUGCAAGAUAGCCCUUUGAAAAAUAAAUCACAAGAUGAACCGAAAGAUACGUUUGAACAUGACCCAUCCGAGUCUCUUGACGAUUUUAACAAAUCAUCAGCAGCUUCUGGCGACAUUUGGCCUGGCCUUUCAGCAUAUGAUAACAGUCCAAGGUCACCCCAUAGCCCUUCUAUUGCCACCCCACCUAGUCAGAGUUCAUCUUGCUCCGAAGCCCCUUUGCUUAGCACAGUCCACUCAGCAAAGGACACACCUCAACAUUCCCAUUCCAUUCAGCAUAGCCCUGAGAGGUCUGGCUCUGGUUCUGUUGGAAACGGUUCUAGCCGUUAUAGUCCUUCUCAGAAUAGCCCAUUGCAUCACGUCCCUUCGAGGAGAAGCCCUGCAAAGACWAUCCCAGCACAGAGCGCUCCCCGGGAGGAGGCUCGGGCGCGUUCGUUUUAUCCUGAAGCUGGAGAUCAGGAAACUGCUAAAGGGGGAAAGUUUCUGAAAAGGUACACAGAUGAAGAGUCUAGAGUAUACCUGCUUGAUAGGGGUAAUACCAGGGAGAAGGAGGCCCAGAAGGAGAGAGGAUCAGAAAAAGGGAGGACAGAGGGAGAAAGGGAAUGGGAGGAUCAGGAAGCUUUAGAUUACUUUGUUGAUAAAGAGCCCGGGAAAGAAAAGUUUAAUGACUCUGAAGGGGAGGACACAGAGGAGACAGAGGAUUAUAGACAGUUCAGAAAAUCUGUCCUGGCAGAUCAGGGUAAAAAUUGUCCUACUACAUCUCACCGGAAUGCUGAGGAGGAAGGAGCCAAAUACAAAUCUAAAAUAUCAAUGAAGGGCAAUAGAGAGAGCGAUGGAUUUAGAGAAGAGAAAAGUUAUAAGCCUAAAGAGACUGGCUAUGUAGCGGAAAGGCCUAGUGCAACAAAAGAUAAGCACAAGGAAGACGACAAAAGUUCUGAGAGACUAACGGUGAAGAAAGAAACUCAAUCACCUGAGCAGGUAAAGUCUGAAAAGCUCAAAGAACUCUUUGAUUACAGUCCCCCUCUACACAAGAAUCUGGAUGCGAGAGAAAAAUCCACCUUCAGAGAGGAGAGCCCACUUAGGAUCAAAAUGAUAGCCAGUGACUCCCACCGUCCUGAAGUUAAACUCAAAAUGGCACCGGUACCUCUUGAUGAUUCCAAUAGACCUGCAUCCUUGACUAAAGACAGGCUGCUUGCUAGCACACUUGUCCAUUCCGUCAAGAAGGAGCAAGAGUUCCGAUCCAUCUUUGACCACAUAAAGUUGCCACAGGCCAGCAAAAGCACAUCGGAGUCAUUUAUUCAGCACAUAGUGUCCUUGGUUCACCAUGUCAAAGAGCAAUACUUCAAGUCAGCUGGAAUGACCCUAAAUGAGAGGUUCACUGCAUAUCAAAAGGCUACCGAAGAGCACUGCACCCGACAAAAGAGCCCAGAGAUACAUAGGAGGAUUGACAUCUCUCCAAGUGCCCUGAGGAAGCAUACCCGUUUAUCGGGUGAAGAGAGAGGCUUUAAAGAAGAAAGUCAAAAAGGAGACAAAAAGUUAAGGUGCGACUCGGCUGAUCUUCGGCACGACAUUGACCGCCGUAGAAAAGAGCGAAGCAAAGAGCGAGGGGACUCAAAGGGUUCCAGGGAAUCCAGUGGGUCAAGGAAGCACGAGAAAACUGCAAAAGAUUACAAGGAUUACAAAUCUUACAAAGAUGACAGUAAACAAAAAAGAGAGCAAGACCGUUCUCGAUCCUCCCCAUCUUCUCCAUCUUCCUCAUCCAGUUCUCGAGAAGAAAAGGACAGCAAGAAGGAGAGAGAUGAAGAAUUCAAAACCCACCAUGAGCAAAAAGAAUAUUCCAGUUUUGCGGGAGUCAACAGGCCAAGAGGAACCUUUUUUCGAAUUAGGGGCAGAGGAAGAGCCAGAGGAGUUUUUGCUGGAACAAAUACUGGUCCCAGCAAUUCAAAUACUACUUUUCAAAAGAGACCGAAGGAGGAGGAAUGGGAUCCUGAAUAUACUCCAAAAAGCAAGAAAUAUUUCUUGCACGAUGACCGAGAUGACGGUGUAGAUUAUUGGGCCAAAAGAGGAAGAGGCCGUGGUACUUUCCAGCGUGGCAGAGGUCGUUUUAACUUCAAAAAGUCAGGUAGCAGUCCGAAGUGGACGCAUGACAAGUACCAAGGGGAUGGGAUUGUGGAAGACGAAGAAGAAACGAUGGAGAACAAUGAAGAAAAGGACAGGCGCAAAGAAGAAAAGGAAUAACCCUGGAAAAAAAGUCCUAGCUGAAAAAGCAGCUCUUGCACCAUCCACACAGCAUUUUUAAUAUGUUUUUUGUUGUCAAAUGAAUGUAAGCAUUUUACUUAAAUUUUACUGUUGGAAAGUAGUUUAGAGGGAUUGUUUUUGUUUUAAGCCUUUAGAAAUCUUGAUAUAGUAAACUAUGUUAAUGAUCGUACAGGUAGAAAGUAAAAUAUUUGUAACAACUUUUAAGAAAUUUUACUGUUUGUUAUAUGCAGUGUAAUUCUGCUUUGUCCAAAUAUAUGGUCAAGUACAACUCAGUUUUGAUUCUUCCCCCCAUGUCUGUGUUUUAUUCUGAAGUAAACUUACAGCUCUGCACACC